UUUAGUGUCAGCCCGGGGCGGCGGAGCUCAGUUGAGGCCCCUAGAGGCGGAUCACGACACAGUCUUCCAUUCGCCUUCAGCACCACACAGGACUUUACCCGUCUGCGGACAGCGAUGCUUCUGCAUCCGAAUCUCACAAGUCUCUUCCUCUUCACCGAUUCCUGUCCGGUGUCUGUUUCGGGGAGUUCAGCCAAGGUUCCGACACGCGUGUGACUACAACACCGUAUCUGAGUUCACACCGACAAAAGCGCCCUGAAAGUGGAGAGAUCGGCCGUUCUGUCGGACAAAGAGACGCCGUUCAGAUGCUGCGAUAACUUUGAGGAGGUUCGCGGGUUUUUUUUUGUUUUUUUGGACGAACAGCUGAAGAUUGUUAUAAUCAUGCCUGUAAGGAGAGGGCAUGUCGCUCCUCAGAAUACCUUUCUUGGAAUAAUAAUACGGAAAUUCGAGGGACAGAAUAAGAAGUUCAUCAUAGCCAAUGCCCGGGUCCAGAACUGUGCUAUUAUUUACUGUAACGACGCAUUCUGUGAGAUGACGGGAUUCUCACGGCCGGAUGUCAUGCAGAAACCUUGUACAUGCGACUUCCUGCAUGGCGAGCAAACCAAAAGACAUGCGAUUGCGCAGGUGGCCCAGGCUCUCCUGGGGUCAGAGGAACGGAAAGUGGAGAUUACGUACCAUCGCAAGGACGGUUCAGACUUCCAGUGUAACACUCACAUCAUCCCAGUGAAGAACGAGGAAGGAGUUGUGAUGAUGUUCAUCUUGAACUUCGAUUAUGUUCUAGACGAGGAGAACAGCGACUCUUUGGAGAGACUGAACCUUACGCCGCCUGCCAAAUCUGAAAUCAGAAAAGGAAGAUUCUUCCACUUCCGUCUGCCAGCCUUGAAGCUGUUGGGAACCAGCAAGCAGUCUCUUCCGCAGGACGAGCCAGACUCAGUGAUGGUGGACUCGCCCAGGGCCAGUGACGACUCUGUGGCCGUGAUGGACGUCCAAUCGCCCACCAAGGACGGUUCGAGUCCAGCGGAUGCCAACGACACGCGGGCGCUCAUCAGCUCCAGCCCUCGCUCCUCCCCGGUCAGCACGUCCUUACCCCUCGACCACUCAUCGCCCAAGCAGCCCUGGGACCUGCCCAGUCCGUCUCAAGCGCAGUCCACCACCUGCCUGGCCCAGGCCAACUCUAGAGACAGUGUGUGCAGCAGGAGACGCGCCUCCUCCGUUCACGACAUCGAAGGCCUGAGCACAAACUCCAAACACCUGUUUACGGACAGACACACAAGUGAAGGUCCGUUUAACCAUCUGAAGUCCAGUCUGCUGGGAUCGACCUCAGACUCCAAUCUGAACAAAUACAGCACCAUCAACAAGAUCCCGCUCAUCGCACUCAACUUCUCUGAAUCCAACGAUAAGAAAGCGCCUUCCCCUCCGUCCUCGGAGAAAACCAUCAUCGCACCAAAGGUCAAGGACAGAACACACAACGUCACUGAGAAGGUCACACAGGUCUUGUCGCUGGGCGCCGAUGUGCUUCCAGAAUACAAGCUCCAGACGCCACGCAUGGAUAAGUUCACCAUCCUGCACUACAGCCCGUUCAAAGCGGUGUGGGACUGGCUCAUCCUGCUGCUGGUGAUUUACACAGCCAUUCUCACCCCUUACUCUGCUGCCUUCCUGCUCAACGACAGCGAGGAGCAUAAAAGACGGGAAUGUGGCUAUUCCUGCAGCCCUCUGAACCUCGUGGACUUAAUGGUGGACAUCAUGUUCAUCAUCGACAUCCUCAUUAACUUUCGCACCACCUACGUGAACUUGAACGAGGAGGUGGUGAGCCAUCCGGGGAAGAUCGCCAUCCAUUACUUCAAGGGCUGGUUCCUUAUAGACAUGGUGGCGGCCAUUCCCUUCGACCUGCUCAUAUUUGGAUCAGGAUCAGAUGAUACGACCACUCUGAUUGGCCUGUUGAAGACGGCGCGGCUCCUCCGACUGGUUCGUGUUGCCAGGAAGCUGGACCGUUACUCUGAAUACGGCGCAGCGGUUCUCAUGCUGCUCAUGUGUAUAUUUGCUCUGAUCGCCCAUUGGCUGGCCUGCAUCUGGUACGCCAUUGGAAAUGUGGAGAAACCGUACCUGGAGCAUAAGAUCGGCUGGCUCGACAAUCUCGAGGUGUCCCUCGGGAAGAGAUGCAACUCUACUGAGCACUGCUCUGGGCCGUCCAUAAAGGAUAAAUACGUGACCGCGCUGUACUUCACGUUCAGCUCGCUGACCAGCGUGGGCUUUGGAAACGUGUCUCCGAACACCAACUCUGAGAAGAUCUUCUCCAUCUGCGUCAUGCUCAUCGGAUCUUUGAUGUACGCCAGUAUUUUUGGGAACGUUUCUGCCAUCAUCCAGCGGCUGUAUUCGGGAACGGCGCGGUACCACAUGCAGAUGCUCCGCGUGAAAGAGUUCAUCCGUUUCCACCAGAUCCCAAACCCGCUCAGACAGAGGCUGGAGGAGUAUUUCCAGCACUCGUGGACCUACACCAACGGCAUCGACCUGAACAUGGUCUUGAAAGGCUUUCCUGAGUGUUUACAGGCAGAUAUCUGUCUCCAUCUGAACCACAGUCUCCUUCAGGGAUGUAAGGCUUUCAGAGGUGCGACUCAAGGAUGUCUGCGUGCUCUCGCCAUGCGCUUCAAAACCACCCAUGCUCCUCCUGGAGAUACACUCAUGCACUGCGGGGACGUCCUCACCGCGCUCUACUUCCUGUCUGGAGGAUCCAUCGAGAUACUCAAGGACGAUAUAGUGGUGGCCAUUCUGGGUAAGAAUGACAUAUUUGGAGAGAUGAUCCACCUGUACGCGAAGCCUGGGAAGUCGAAAGCAGACGUCCGAGCACUCAGCUACUGCGACCUGCACACCAUCCAGAGAGAGGAGCUCCUGGAGGUUUUGGACAUGUAUCCAGAGUUUGCAGAUUAUUUCCUCACCAAUCUGGAGCUGACCUUUAACCUACGGGACGAGAAUUCAAAGGCCACUUAUUCACCAGUCAGUGAUUCAGACGGAGAGGAGACCAAGAGCCAAAGGAAGAUCUCCUUUAAACGUAAACCAUCCAAAGGAGAAAGCCUGAAGGAAACAGACAGCGAGUGCAGGAAGGAGCGGCGAGAGUCUCGUCUCAGCUCUAAGAGAAGCUCAGAGGACCGUCACACCUCCAGAGAGGAACAGCAAAGGCUUCUGGGAGCAGGCAUAAUAGAGUUUCCAUCAAUACAGAGCUGCACCUCUACACCGGGCUGCAGUCCUCCUGCUGAAGACACGGAGAAGACAUAUGAUGAUAUCCAGACUGAGGGAUGGUUAGCUGACAGUGUGAAAGCAGACAUGGAGCAGGCCGGCACUGAAGAUGAUGAUCUGGACUGUGACGUCACGUAUGGAGAAGUGGAGCAGAGACUAGACCAACUGCAGAAACACCUGAGCAGGUUAGAGUCUCAGAUGACAUCAGACAUUCAGAGAAUCCUCCAGCUGCUGCAGAGACAGACGUGUUUGGGACCUCCGGCCUACAGCAGCCUCACAGCCGGUCCCGAGAACAAGAGAGCAGCCAUCAGAGUGCAGCCCGUCGCUUCUGUUCCCACCAACCCACAGCACUGCACAGCACAGGAUGCUGACUUUUUGGCCAUGACAAACAUCCAUCAUAACCCCAAAGACUCUCUGUCAGGUCUGGCCCUUAUGGACUCCAACCCGAAGCAGAGCCACGGGACACGGUCCUCACCAGACUCCAGCAUCACGUACCGCUUCACAAACAGCCAGACUCUUCCUCUGACACGACAGCAGUCCAGAUCCCUGCUUCCAGACACCACAGCAGCUCUGGAGCUCCACAGACCGCCGUCUGAUCCAGGACUGCACUGACCCGCUCCUCUACCGUAGGGAAAGUCCAGGACGUCCCACGGCUCUUCCAGACCUACUUUGAAGCAUAAAGGACAUUUUAAAACAGGCAUUGGCCAAAACUGUAACACUAAUGCGACUUAGGAUUCACCACUGGCUCUCGCCUGUACAUUUGCUUCCUCUUCCUUCUCCUGCGUUACGCUCCUUGAUGCUGUCGAGGACAAUUUGGAACGGAUUACACUUCCAUUUUCAGGAAGUCAAUCUCUUAAAGACAUUUCUUGGAGUGUCUUGGACACUUUUCCACAUACUCUGUGUUCUGCACACUUUUACACUGGUGUAAGACUCAGGACAUUGAUGGUGGUUAAUUUAUCAUACUGGCAGAAUCUCUUCCCUGUUUUAUCAUUAUGAAUCUAAAUUAUAAUAAUGGCAUUUUACACUUCCAUUUGCAGAACCCUGUGGAAUUACCUAAUUACAUACAGUGUGGUCCACUAUUUUAUUUUAUUUUUUUGCA